AUGGUCCCUUUCAGUUUCCCUCUGUCCAAGUGUGCACUGUGGGACCCAGUCCCCAUGGGCGAUGUCAUUGGCUCACAUAUUGCCUAUUACAGAAACCCAAAGGUAUCUAUGAUGGAAAAAACCUUGCGACUUGCCUAUCGCCACGCAAAGCAGAAUGACAAGAAAUUACUUUCCUGUUUUUUGCUUGGAACUCUUACAGUAGAUGAAGAUGGGGAAGGCGUAACACUAACAAUAGAUCGCUUUGAUCCUGGUCGAGAGGUUGCUGGUUCAGGCAAAAUUCCAACUGCAUCUCUUCCUGGAGACUUCUUGAUUCCCUGUACAGUUAAUGCCUGGGGACCUUCUUCAGAUCAUGUUCUAGUGCACAAUGCUGAAGAUAUUGGUGUGGCUUUCAAGAGUCUGCAGCACAGUCUGUGCAGCAAAGAAUCACUGGACACAGCCCUAGCAAGAAAUUUGAACAGUACUAUGAAUAUUGCACAAGUUCAAGGAACUUAUAAAUGUGGCUACCUUACCAUGGACCAGACAAGAAAAUUGCUUUUGCUGCUGGAAUCAGAUCCCAAGGCUUAUGCUCUGCCAUUAGUUGGAGUUUGGCUGAGUGGAGUUACUCACAUCUGCAGUCCUCAAGUCUGGGCUUGUUGCUUGCGAUACUUAUUCAGUUCUUCAAUUCAGGAAAGGGUUUUCUCAGAAUCUGGGAGUUUUCUUAUUGUGCUUUAUUCACUGACACACAAGGAACCAGAGUUUUAUGAGUGCAUUCCAUGCAGUGGACAGACUGAACUAGGGUUUCAGAUCCUAACUUGCAAUGAAACAGUACACCUUUACAAAAACGUUGAGCCUUUAGACAAGAGCCCUAUCCACUUUGAGUUGAGUGCAGAAAACCAAAAUGCAGAAACUGAGUUCUUCAGCAGAGUUUGCAAGAAGCUUCCUAUCAAAAGUCCUCCCCAAGGCUCUUCAUCCAGCAAGUUGUCAGCAAGUGAUCAUGACUCUGGUGUAGAAGAUGAGGAUUUAUCCCCCAGGCCAAUUCCAAGUCCUCACCCAGUCAGUCAACAGGUUACUAGGAUCUUUCCUUCUGUUCCUGAACUGUCCCUUGUUUUGGAUGGGAGUUUCAUAGAACCAGGACAAUUGUCUAAGCCUGUGGGGACUUUGAAUGCUAAAAGAUAUACCACAAGCAGCCCUAUAAAUGUGAGAUAUCAUGGGAAAAUGGGGAACUGUUCUCUUGACAAUAGCUUAUCUCCUGGAACAAGACAGCCUUCAAGUGCAAGCCCCUCCAGUCCACAGUGCUGUGCAGCCCACUCACCGUGCCUGCACGUGGCUGCUGCUGCCAUGGCAUCAGAUAAUGGAAUGAUGGGAUUAUCUCCAGAUGCAUACCGGGUUCUUACAGAACAGGAUAGACAACUGAAAUUACUUCAAGCUCAGAUCCAACGCUUGCUGGAAGCACAGGCUCGUCAGGCUUGUUCCUCUGAACCAGCUCUAGCUGACCAUGCUCUGCUGCCUGAGAAGCAAGGGGACCUUGUUUCUAUGGAAACAGGGUCCUCACCAGCUCCACACAUGAGGAAAAGUGUGAGCAUUGCUGUGAGCACAGGUGCUAGUUUAUUUUGGAACACAGCCCCAGAAAAACAGGAGGACUCCAUCCCACAGGGGAAAAAAGAGGAUGAAGAGAUUUCUAAGGAAGACAUUUCUAAGGAAGACAUAAGCAUUUCAAUUAAUGCUGAACAAGAUGCAAGUAAUACAAGUAUUGCUUCCUCCUUAAAGGUGGUUGACAUGCCCAGCUUUGUAGACAGUAUUCAUCUGGUGGAAGAAGGAACUAAUCAGAACACUCUCCAAAAUGGAAGCGGUUCCCAAGCGCUUGUUCGCAGUUCAUCCUUGGAAGAAAGUAUUAGCGUGUCUUUACAGAAAGAACCAACAGAGGGAGCCAGCAACCAUGUGGUGGUAACAAGCGAGCAAAACUCGGAGCCGCCGGCUUCCUUGGUGCCUCGCCAUCCAUCGGAGGACCAGAAGCUUUACCAGGACUUACUGGGCCAAGUAAACCACCUCUUAAAGUCCUCAGAAGAGCAAGAUGACUUGCCUGUGAAAGCAGGUUUGGUUAAUGAUGCUGAUCCUAAGUAUCAGGAUAUUGAUGAUACAACAGAAAUGGCUUCUGAGAAUGACACUGGAGUGAUGGAUAAGGAGAGUGUGAUUAGUGCCACACUUAAACAGCUGAAGAGUCUUGGAGUGACAAUUGACUUGCCUGGCAAAACGAAGAAAAAUACACACAAAGUGGAGAAUGCCAGCAUCUUGGCGUGCAUAAAUCCUGAAGCAGUGGUUCCUGGACUAAAUUAUAUGUCAUUUGCCAAUGUCAGCAUGUGUGGAUUAACUCCUAAUGUCGUUGAUCUGAGCAUGGAAGCAAAUGCUAUAGCCCUGAAAUACCUCAGUGAAAAUCAGUUGUCUCGGCUUUCUCUCAGUCACUCGGGCCAAAAUCCUCCUGCAGAUUUCUCUUUCCAAGACAUCUUGCAUACAAAUAUGGACAAGAGCAUGGUGGGUCUUAGCUUAAUUUCACCAAACAAUAUGUCUUUUGCAACCAAGAAGUACAUGAAGCGAUACGGGCUGAUACAGGACAAUGACAGUAGUGAAGAUGAAGAGGAACUGCAGGUCCAAGAUGGCAGUUCUGGCACUGGCAAUAGUGAAAGUAUACUGGACAAAAACUGUACCCCUGUGUUGGAUGGCUUCAACCACUGGACUCAAUUAUCCAAAAGAAUUGAUGGAAAACUUCCCAUUCAUCUAAAAAGUCACAGCAGAGACUUGACUGCUUAUGCUUCUCCACCAGAAUUAAACAGCCCUGUGUUAAGAAAUAUUACAAAUGAGAUUUUUCCUCCCAGAGAAGAUCAAGCAGAUGAGAACUCAGUUCAGAUUUUAAAGGAUUUAAAAUCAAAACCCAAAUUGUUACCUGGGAGGAUUGAAUUCACAGAACAACCUGGCAGGAAAGAUGGAGAUAUCCAGGUCUUCCCUGGAAAGCUGCAUUCUCCAGCCCUUGAAACAUUAAACCAGUCGAACAGCAUUAAUUCUGUUGGCACCAUUCUUGAUGUGAAGCAACUCAGGCAGUUGCCGAAGUUGUUCUGA